AUGGCCUCAUGUGCCGAUGAGAUAGAUGCCGAGUUGGCGUAUGGAUCUCCUGUGAGAUCCAAAAAGGUAUUGAAGAGGCAGAACUUCUGGAGAAAAUCGGAGAGAAAAGAGGGAUCGAGGAAGGGUUGCCGAACCAUUUUUGAUACGUGUGUUGUCAUCUUGAUCCUAUCGACUAUUUUGGUUUCUGCUCUCCUGGUUUUCCAAAGCUUCAAAACACAGAAAUUGGUCUCCAAUAUUCAAGUUUAUAUCAAUAUCCUCGAGCAACAAUUGAAUGUUUGGAAUAAUAGUACAAUCGAAACUGAGAACAAUCUGAUGGAGAGAGCGAUCCAAUCACAGGAUAAUGGAAAAUCUGUUGAGAAAAAUAAAAAAGCCAUGAUGUUGUCUACGGAAGAAAUCAUCAUUGACAGAGAACAUCACGCUGGAAGCAUCUCGAAAACUUACUUAAAUGAUGAGAUUCAAAUAAAUUCAACAUUUGGAAUCAAUGCUGCGAAUGUUCUUCUCCAUGCAUCAAUUGACCACGAGCUCUCGUCUGAAGAAGUCUCGUUCGAAGACGGAUUCAUUGCCAACUCUUUUCUUGGAUCCGAUUUUGGAGGAUAUGUUUUAUUGGAUCGAAUCGAGUUACCUCCCAACAAAGCUUGGUGUACGAAUGAAUUGCAGCCUGUUCUCACUAUCAACCUGGCCAGUUACACAAAUCUAACCGCCGUCUCUUAUCAACAUACAAGAUGGAACGGGUCGGUUCCAGAUGGAUCACCGAAGAGUUAUGAUGUGAUGUCUUGCCUCGAUGAAAACUGUAGAAAAAUGGAGAGAAUCAUGUCAAACUGUGUUUAUAAGAAUUCAGAAGACAAACAAGAGCAAGUUUGUGUGAUUCCCACCUCUCUCCGCCUUUCUCCAACUAAGAAAGUUCAAUUUCGUAUCCGGGAGAACCAUGGGAACACCCGAAAGACAUGUGUAUAUCUGGUUCGUGUAUACGGUCAUAUCGAGGAAAAGUUGUUGACUGGAAAUCAGAAGAUGAAAAGAGAUCACAUCAACACGUGCUUAUCGAUCACUAACAGAUACCAUAACUAUCGGAUUCUAUUUGAUAUUUUCGAUGGAUACUGUAUCUCCCUCUUCUCUAAAGGAUGUUGUAAACAAUGUCCUGAAUGUUGCACACAAUGUCGAAUCAAUCCAUCAUUCUCUGCUGUUGUCUAUGGAAUCAUUCUUGUGUUGAUUACUCCACUUGUGAUGAUAUCCCCGUUUUUUAUAAUUCUCUUCUUGGCUAAAAUGUAUAUUCGAUUUUUCUAG